AUGCACCUUGCUCCGUCUUCCUUCCCUGCACAACAAACCAACACUCCCACGGGCUACAUCCCCCUCGCCCCGCCUCCCUCUGCUUUCCCCCACCCCGUUCCCCCUUCAACCCCCCGCCUCUCUCCUUCUUUUAUCCACCCCCCCUCUCCCUCCCCUCUUCCUUCCCCUUCCCAACGAUUCACGGCAGGGUCUGGUCUGUUUUCCCCGUCGUUCGGAGAGGCUCUGGAGCAGCAUGAGUCAGCAGAGGUGCUGCUGCUGCUGUGCCGCAUACUGCAGGGCCGGCAGGGCAGGCGAGGGGAGAGUGGGGGAAAGGCGCUGCAUCGCUGGCUGGAAGGAGGGGGCGGGGGGGCGGGGCGAGGGCGGGAGGAUGAGCUGUCACGGCAGCUUAGUGACAUCGUGCAUGUGGAUGUGGUCGGCGACCUUUGUCUUAUCUGGUCAACCGAUGUGUGCCAUGAAACGCUCAAGCAGGUAAGUGCAGGCCAUGGCUGCGACGCAUAUCCGCGCACCUCGCCUGCUACUCGGCCGCCUACCUGCACUACUGCGCUCUGCACCAGUACACAUGCUCCUCACCUCGCCUGCGCGUGCCUGCUGCUGUGCAGCAGCCCGGGAUACACUGGUGGCGCGCCCCUUCAGGUAUGGCUGGCUGGCUUAGUGACACCUUCCAAUCCAAUUCAGCACCCUGUUCUCCUUCCACUCCCACGUGCCAGCUCACACCAUGCGUUCCCCCUGCUCCCUCUCUUUCACCUCCCAGAAGCAGCCACCGUGGGGGCAGGGAACGCAUCAGACGCAGUGACACCACCCAAGUUCAUAACGUUACAGCCUGCCAUGGCACUCGCGCUGCUGGCGCAGGGAUCAGGUGCGCUCAGCGGUGCGCUGAGCCACGUGCCCUUUGAGGUCAACGCGGAGGAGCGCGCUGCUGUCACCUGCCCCUCCAGCCUCGUCCUGCAUGGCCGCUCUGGCACGGGCAAGACAACAGUCAUACUCCACCGAGUUCUGCACCUGGACCGCCUCUUCCGCGUCUCCGCCCUCCCUCCCCACCUGCUCCUCGGACAGCCUUCUCCUGCCAACGCUUCAAGCACCGCGGAGGGUGACGGCACCGUGAGCAGUGGUGUGGGGGCAGGGAGCAGGGGGGGCGGGUUGCGGCAGGUGGUGGUGACUCGGAGCCUGCACCUGUGCGCGUCCAUUCAGACUGAGCUCGUGAAGGCUGCACGUUGUGUGGCGCUCAUGAGUGCGUUUCGUUUCAUCGCAUGUGCCUUUUUCGGUGUGGUUGCGGCGAGGAGGGGGUCUGGAACUCCCUGCAAAACCCAAGUGCCUUGUGUCUCCCUCCCCCGUCCGCCAUACCAUGCUACCACCAUCACCAGGGCGAUUGCAGCUCUGGAUGCUUUCCAAGCCGGCUCACCCCCGCCACUCCCCCACGCGGGUCAACGCGCGCACGGAGCACAGGCAGCUGUUGCAACAACCGGUCAAAGCGUACUGCACAGCAGCGUGGGCAGCAGCGGCGGCAGCGGCAGUGGCAGCGGCAGCGGCAGCGGCAGCAGUGGCAGGCUGUUAAUGCGAGAGGACCUGGAGAGCGCUCUAAUGGGGGGCCUCCCGCCGUGCAUCGCCGCCAUUCCGCCCACCGCGUUCCCCCUCGCGCUCACCCUCUCCAAGCUGCUGCGCCUGCUGGACGCGUCCGUGACACGCCCCUUCCUGCUCGCCACGCGACGCCGGCGCCGGCAGGAGAAGGCGAGGCAGCGCCUGGUGCUGGCGAUUGGCGUGAGCGGGCGGGGCGUGAGGCAGGCGUGGGAGGAGGGGCAGGUUGAGGGCGCGUGGAGCGGCCGCGUUGAGAAGGAGCGCUCGCACAUCAAAGGCAGCCUCCAGGCGCUGCACUCACCGCAGGGGCACGUGGGCGAGGAGGAGUACGUGGGGGGCAUGGUGGGCAGCAACGAGCGCACGAGUGGCAUGAGAGGGGCGGACCGGCAGGCGGUGUAUGAUGUGUUCCGGGCAUAUGAGAGGAGGAAGAGGCGGCAGGGCGAGUAUGACUGCGCGGACCUCGUGGGUUAUCUGCACCGCGAGGUGCGGCGCAUGCGGGCGAGCAACGAGCCGUGGUGGGCUGUGGAGGAUGCCGUUGCCAUGGGUGGUGCAUCCAACAGGGGUGCUAGUCACAAUGGGGCCAGUCGUCGCACCACUGUUGGAUGCACCACCAUUGGCAGUGUGCCUGUGCCGUCACAACCGUCGCAUGCAUCACAGCCCAGCGGGUGCGUGGGUGCUGUGUUUGACUGUGUGGCGGUGGAUGAGGUGCAGGACCUCACACAGGCGCAGCUCGCGCUGCUGCCGCUGCUCUGCUCCAACGUUGCGUCUGGCUUUGUGCUCGCGGGCGACACGGCCCAGUCCAUCGCUCAUGGCGUUGACUUCCGCUUUGAAGACCUUGCUCGGGUGGUUUAUAGCGAGUUUCUGAAUAAAGGGGAUGAGUGCGGCAGGGGUGGGGGGGGAAGAGGGGAUUUAAAGCUCGUGCGCAACUACCGCACUCACAACGGAGUGCUGCGCGUCGCAAACAGCGUCGUGCAGCUUCUGAAAAGCUUCUUCCCGCUGUCCAUAGACCGGCUGCACGAGGAGUUGAGUACGGUGGAGGGGUGCAAGCCGGUGCUGGCGGCAGUUUCCUCGACAUGGAAGGACCAGCUCGCUCAGGGCUUGCCUCUCAGCGCCACUCAGGCCAUCAUAGUGCGCAGCACGGAGGAGAAGAGCGCCAUGGCUGGUCAAUUCAAAGUGAAGCCGGUGGUCCUCACUGUCGAGGAGUGCAAGGGACUCGAGUUUGAGGACGUGCUACUUUUCAACUUCUUCACCUCUCUGCACUCCACGGCACCCUGGCAUCUCGUGUACACCUACAUGCGCAGCACCGGCCUCUCACCUCCUCGCGGUGCUGGCCUGCCUUGUGGCUGCAGCACCAAGGGCCAUAGCAGCUGCAGUCUCUGCACUCUGGAUGACCUCAGGCACUGGUCGCUCUGCUCCGAGCUAAAGCAGCUGUACGUGGCAGUGACAAGAGCCAAGCAGAGGCUGUGGGUGCUGGAGGAGGUGGGGGCAGGCGAGCACACGCCCAUGGGAGACCUGUGGGCGGCAAUGGGCAUCGUGGCAGUGAAAGGGGAGAGGGAGGUGUGCCCGGAGUCUGUGAAGCGCGCGUCCAGUGAGAAGGACUGGAAGGCGCUUGGCUUUACUGUUGUGGCUCUGCUCGUCUUGAUGCUUCUCUCUGCUGCAUCUCAUGUCUUCAACGCCACGUCAUAUCUCUCCCCUCUGGCCCCCCUGCUCCUCUUGCUUCCACUACUUGCCUUGCUGCGACCUCAUAUCCUCUAUGCUGCGUCUUCCACAUGGUACUCCCCCACAUGGUACUCCCCCACAUGGUACUCCCCCACAUGGUACUCCCCCACAUGGUGCUCCCCCACAUGGUGCUCCCCCACAUGGUACUCCCCCACAUGGUACUCCCCCACAUGGUACUCCCCCACAUGGUACUCCCCCACAUGGUACUCCCCCACAUGGUACUCCCCCACAUGGUACUCCCCCACAUGGUACUCCCCCACAUGGUACUCCCCCACAUGGUACUCCCCCACAUGGUACUCCCCCACAUGGUACUCCCCCACAUGGUGCUCCCCCACAUGGUACUCCCCCACAUGGUACUCCCCCACAUGGUACUCCCCCACAUGGUACUCCCCCACAUGGUGCUCCCCCACAUGGUGCUCCCCCACAUGGUACUCCCAACCCAACCCAUGGUCCGCAUUCUUUGAAAGAGGCGAUUAUGAGGCAGCUCGGGCGAGCUUCGAGCGGGCGGGAGACAAGGACAACGCGUGCUUUGCUCAAGCCACAAUGUACUAUGAGGCGGGCAUGGGGCGCGCAGCACAGCCAUCCGCAGCAGCCAUUGCUGUAUCAACCUCCUCUGCUGCGUCAGCCUCGUCUGCGCUGGCCCCAGUGCUCCCGGACCUCUCUCUGCUGUCCUGCACCGAGUUGCUCCUGGCGGCGGCUCGUUGUUUUGAGGGCAUCAGGAGGGGCUUGGAGGCGGGUCGUGCGUAUGGCAAGGCUGGGUGCUAUGAGGAAGCAGCACGUGCCUAUCUCUCGCUCUGCCAACCUCCUGACCACGCCAGCGCUGCACGGUGCUUCGAAAAGCUACGCAGGUUCGCCGAAGCAUCUGACUGCUACAACGCGUUGGGUGAUAGACCCACCGCCCUCGCUGCAUGCCUACGUGGCAGCAUCUUCGCCAAGGGCCUCUCACUGCUCGACAGCUGGCAGGCAGUGGCGUCUCACCAGGCCACGUCAGCACCGGCAUCUCACGGUGCAAGUGAGUCCAGCUCAGCAUCUGCAGGGCCAGAGAGUGGAAAUUUGUCUCACUUGAGGCAUUGGUAUGUGGAGGAAUGUGCAAGGAGGCUGGGAGACCGCGGCGAGUAUGGUGAGAUGAUGGGGUAUGUGCACCUGCUGCCGGAAUUGCACGACAAGCGCGCGUUUCUAGAGAGAGAGCGGCAUUUGAGGGAGCUGGCAGCUCUGGAGGAGCAGGAGGGCGAGGUGAGGCGAGUGCCGGGUAUACUGCUGAGAGCGGGGAUGCUGCUGGAGGCAUGCACUCACUUGUGGAACAGGGGUUGGCCGGGGCAGGCCCUGGUGGCCUUUGUGCGGCACCUGCAGUGGCGGGUGAAUGCGGCGGGACUAGGGGCGUGGGCGGUGGGGAUGAGGAGGGGGGCAGGGGGCAGCAGUGAGGGGGAGGGGAGGGGCGUGGCGCAGAGCACGUUGAGCAGAGAGGAGGUGGCGAUGGCUCGGCGGCUGCGGGUCAUUGAGCCGGAGAGUUUGGAGUUUGCAGACAGGGUGGAGUGCGAGGGGUGUGACCUGGCGUGGGCCAAGGUGGAGAUGAGCGUGCUGCUGUUCGUGAUUGACCUUCACUCUGAUGUUGCUGAUAAUGCUGAUGAUUCCGAUGGUUCUUCUACUGCUGCUGCUUCUGCUGCUGCUGGUGCUGAUGGUGGGAUCAGUGGCAAAGCGGGUUGUCCGGAUAGGCGUGUGUCAGAAGCUACAGACCAAGGGGCGGGGAGUGCGGCUGUGUGUGCAUCUUGUGUGGAGCUGGGCCGAGCAAAGAGUGUGGAAAGGGAAGCUCGCGUGUCGCAAGCGUGGAUGACGGUAAGCCGAGGUCAGAUGCUUUCAGCAGGGCGCAUGGAGAUAGGCCCUCAGAGCGCUGCUGCCAGCAGUGGAGAGAGCAGGUUCAGGGGCGUGGAGGGACAGAUGGUGGUGAAGGGGUUGAGCAAGGCGGAGUUGAGAGAGGUGGAGGAGCUGUGGGACGGGGGAGGUGGCGUGCUGCGGAAGGGCUCGGAGCAGGUGUGGCGAGAGAGGCGGGCGGAGAGCAACGACAUGGAGCAGAGGGAGUGCAGGGGUGGUGGGCAGAAGGGGCGUGUGCAGUGGAAGGGGGUGGAGCUGCUGCGAGCAGAGCUGAUGCUCGCUUACACCGGGCUGCAGGAGUCUCUGCACUUGCUGCAGUGGGGGCAGCGCUGCCUGCUGCACUACCUGGAGGAGCAUAUUUCAGCUGAGCCCCACAGCCAUUGCACCUGCCCCGAACCUGCUGCUCACGCGUCUCAGCCUGCUGCCAACGCAACAGCAGCGGCUACAGCGUCAACGGAUGCAUUAGCCAGUCGUGGUGUCACAAUAUCAACUGCAGCAGCAGCAGCAGCAGCAGCAGCAGCAGCAGCAGCUCUGCAGCCGUGCAAUCUCCCCCUGCCGUCCCUCUCUCUUCUCCACCACAAGGUGGCUCUCUGGUGGUGGCGGUGGGCUCGCAGGCUGGCCGCCCUGCUGCCCGCGCUGCAUCAUCUGCACAUCCACUCCAUGCUUGAAUCAGACUCCCACCUGCCCCACCUGCACGCCCUCUUCUCCCUCCUCUCCACCACCUUCCACCGCCACAUCCUCUCCUCCUCUUCCCCCUCCUGCCAGAUCGACGACAUGGGGUUGGCGUGGGCGCGUGGGAAGAAGGCAGAGAGGCUGUCAACCACAGGGCGGAGCGGGAAGAUGGAGGGGAAGCAAGCUGUGAAGGCGGUGAAAGGGGUGUGGGAGAAGGAGUUUGAGAAGCGAUUGGAGGACACGAGGCGAGUGGUGUUUGAUGGGGUUCAGCUGUGCUCCUGUGCACUCAUAAGCUGCUCUGACAAGGUCGCUAUGGCCAUGUGCAAGCAUCAUGUGUCCACUGCUUCUGAACCACCACUCUCUCUGCAUCAGACACCCUUCCUCUGCUUCCCAUGCCCCUCUCUGCUCACCCCCUUUCGCACCCUCUUUCUCCUCUCUGAACCCUUCCUCUCGCUACUCCCUGUCACCACACUGUCCUGCUCACGCUCUGCCUUCUUCCAGCCCUGCUUUCUCACUCCCACUCACAGCCUCCUCACCUCCCUCCUUCUCCAUCCAAGUCCUUCCUCCACGCACUCUCGCCUCCAUGCCCACCUCCACCUCACGCUCCUUCACCUCAAAGCUUCCCUCGCAGCCCUGCUGCUGCUGCUGCCAGACAAUCCACUGGAGAAGCGCGUUUCAAAGGAGAAACGAGCUGGCAGUGCUGAGGAGGGGAGUGGCGGAGCUGAAGGGGCGGGGAGAAGUGGAGGCAGGGGCGGGUGUGGUGGGAGCUGUGGUGAGGGUGAAGGCAAAGAAGUCGUGGGACAUGAGAAUGGAGAGGGUGUGGCCUGGACCACACAUGGGGCACCCGUGGGGAAUACAGCAGGGCAGCGUUUGGUUGGUGCAGUGCCGCAUGGUGCAUGUACGGAGGAGACUGCUGGGCUUUCAGAGGAAGAGGUGUGGCGCGUCACGCAGCUCCUGCUUGUGACUACAGUCAACGCCGUUCCCGAUCCUCACAACCCUUUAUACUUGAAGGAGCGGUUUGGCAGCUUGAAGGGAAACCCUCUCAUGGCAAUCACUCUCAACAGCUUCUUUGAAUCACUCAGCACACGAGCAUUGCUGUUCCUGCCAUCAGCCUAG